AUGUAUCCUUCAAGUUUUGUUCAUAUCAUCUCACUUUUUAUCGUUCUCCAUGCAUCCCAGCUGACUACUAAUGCUGAUGGUAUAUCGGGGACGGUAAGGGGAUUGAACAAUCGAGAAUCGUCACAUAUUAUAGUUAAUACCGAUGGCAACUUAGUGAGGAAUAGAGGAUCCAGCAAUGAUACAAUUUCACGAGAAGAAGAUAACUCAACCGUUCUUGAAAAAUUGGCACGAAAUAUUGCAACCAGGAAAGAAAUUAUCGGAGGUAUAAUACAGGAGAUAAUACGAUCCGAUGAUAUGCUACCUGGACUGUUAGCGAGCAUGAAAACUCACCUACCAGCUGAAGCUCAAAUUAUCGAUGACUAUUUCGACUGUGAAACUCAACGUUUGAAAGGCUUAUUUGGCAAAGUGAUUGCAACCGCAACAGUUCACUUGGAUUUAUCGCAAAUAAAUACAUGUUUUGAUGAAACUGCUGUCCCUUUUCAACAAAUGUAUCGCCCUAAAAGUGUUUGUUUAGAACUAAUAAGAGAUAAAAGUUCAAACUUCACAGAAUUAGAUUCUUAUACGUCUCUGAAAUAUCGUGACGUUUACCUCUAUCAUUCCAGAAUAAUGAAACUAAUCAAACGCCAAUUGAGAAUUGAUGAUGAUGAUGAGGAUGAUAAUGCGUAUUGGAUAAUCAAUUUUUUUUUUUGCUGAAUUACAAACUAGUAGUACAAAUGAUUUUUUUUUGUCAAA